AUGUCGACAACAGCAGCACCGUAUGUCCCCUCAUACGGGGACUACUAUCCGAGAGAACUUGAGGGUCUUUUAAAGAAAUCGCAGGAGAUUUACAAAAAUUUACCAGAGAGGCUGGAUUAUCCCGAGAAAACCGUCCCAAAAGGCUGGCCCUCGCCCCUACCCCCCUCCCGCAUGAUCUGGGACCGUGAAACCUUCCCAACCGACUCCUCGCAUAUCAUUGAAAUCACCGGCCCCGAACUUCUAGAAAUCAACUCCGCCCUUUCUUUAAUCAAAGAUCUCUCAAUCCCUCACUCCGAAAUUAACAAAUCCACAUUUUCCUUGCCGACAUUGGGACCACGUCUUGAUGCCGCCUGUCAAUCGGUUCAUUCUGGGUUAGGGAUAUGCUUUGUAAAUGGUAUUCCGGUCGAGAAGUAUACAGCUGAAGAAAAUGUUUGUAUCAUGCUUGGUAUUUCUUCAUAUUUCGGGGAGACGAGGGGACGGCAGAGGGAUGAUGGUGCUAGAUUAAUCCAUAUCUUCCACGCUCUGACCCGUGGUUUCCCCGCAAACCUCUCACCAAUUUUCAACAACCACGCUCAAGUUUUCCAUAACGACAUGACAACCGAUAUAUUGUGCAUGUACUGCCUCUCCCCGGCCUCCGCCUCAGGUGGCUCAAACUCCUAUGCCUCACUUCACAAAAUCUAUAAUUAUCUGGCAGAGCAUAAUCCGGAUGUGAUACAUACCCUAGCAGCACCGGAUUGGCCGUUUGAUACUUAUGGUUAUAACCCGCCGUUUCAUACCAGACCCUUACUAUUUUACACUCCGCCGGAAGGUGAAGAAGGUGAAGAACGAGAAGAUGAAGACGAAAAGGGCGAAGACAGUGGAAGUGAAGAUGGAGAACGUACGCCUCGUGCAUCAGUUCUAAACCUAUCUCCAUCAUCCUCAACCACAGAUCUCCCUUCUUCCUCCUCCUCUUCUUCAUUUCCAGACCCUACCCCCAAAAUAGGUAGAAUCCUAGGAUCCCUCUCCCCGCGCCAACUCUCCGGUUCGAAAGUCCACCCUCGUCCCUCCUGUAUCCCCGCCCUAACCCCACGUCAACAAUCUGCUCUAACGCUUCUCGAAUCCCUCUGUCAAAAAUUCAGCAUAACCCACACAUUAUCCCGCGGAUCCUUUGUAUUUCUGAAUAAUCUCACGGUGCUCCACAAUAGAAGUCCUUACUUCGACGAUCCCGAGAUCCCGGUGGAAAAGCAUAGGCAUUUGAUUAGAAUGUUUUUGAGAAAUGAGGAAUUGGCGUGGACAACCCCCAAGGAGUUAUGGUUGGAUUGGGGGAGGGUCUUUGGUGAGUUUGAUGGGGUAGAAGAGAGGUGGGUUGUUGAUAAGGAAAAGGAUUAUAGGGAUCAACAGAGGGGGAUGACGACUUAUACGGCUGGUGGGGAGGGUGGGGAUGAUGCCUAUUGA